AUGUGGGGGACGCCGCGUGCCCCGAGCCUCCAAACAUCUCCGGCGCCGGCCCCGCGGGCGCCGCGGCUGCAGCCUCGCCGCGAGGCCCGCGGGGGCCGCGCAGGGAGCCGCGCCACUGCUCCCCCUCGACGCAGUGGGCAGCAGGCGGGCGCGAUGAAGAGGCACGGCGCGGACUUCGCUCCCCCCCAUCAGGACGAUGGUGAUGAGGAGAGAUCUGAGGGUCCACUGCGGCUGCCCUUCGCUGGGAGGAUAAAGACGGGCAUCAGACCUGGCAUGCGGAUCAUGGUGACUGCCAUCGUUUCCAAGCAUCCCAAGAGCUUUGCCAUCGAGCUGGCGUGCGGCUCGGAGGAGGGCGCCGAUGUGGCGCUGAGGCUCGAGGUGCACUUCCCCGGCCGCACCAUCGCGCGCAACGCCAUGCUCGGUGGGCAGUGGGGCGCGGACGAGACGAGCGUGCCCUACUUCCCCUUCACCCCCGGGCAGCCCUUCAAGUGCGAGCUGCUGUGCGAGCACGAGCGAUUCCGCGUCACCGUGGACCAGCAGAACCUCUGCGGGUUCUGCCACCGGCUCCAGCCGCUGCACAGCAUCAACAGCGUGCGCGUCCGCGGCGACCUGCGGCUCACCAAGGUCACCUGAGUGGCCUCCAGCGGGGCCCGGGGUAACCCCCCCCCCCUCCUCCCGUGGCUCGGGCCCUGGUUGGAGGGGCGGGGGGGUGCACCAGGCUGGGCCGGGCCCUGCAGCCCCACCAGGCGAUGUCCCCUCGGCACUACCCACGCGCACGUUUAUUCCGUAGCGGUGAAUCUCUGUCACGGUGCCCCCCCAGCCCUGCCCGCCCUUCUACCCUCCACGCGAGAGGACCUCGAGCCGGGCCCGACUCCCAGUUAAACCCAAAACCAGCUCGUAGCAAAACAAAUAAGCAGACGCUGGCCCUCAUUCCCAUAUUUGUCUCUCCAAUAAAAAAAAAUAUUCACAAAGCAUUUUGACACACCUCGUCAGCCGGCAAAGCCUUCUGAGAGUGCGAGCGUUCUUUUAGCAGUGCCUCAUCAUUGUGGUCAACUUCAAGAGGGUGAAUGGUUACAACCGGCUACAACCGGCUUGAAUGAAAAUAAAAUAUAAUUAUUUACCUGUACAAUCCCUUGCGACGGAACAUCUCAUUUGCAUCGGUGUCCAGGAUGUGACAUCCGUAGCAAAAGUGGAAUAACGCGUAUAUUGUGUUUUUGAAAUCUAAAGCCGAUAAAGUAUCGUACUCGUUUAUGCGAUGUCAAAUACACGCAUAUUUGUCUUCAGUACAUGUUGCUUUGCAGUGAGCCAAUGGUGCGGGGAAGAAUUGCACAACGAAGUAACCUUCACAGACUCGAUCUGCUGACACCAUCAUACAAAAUCUGUUUAACAAAGCAAUUAAAGAAAAUAUAUUCGAUAUCAUAUAUAUGAAUUUGCCUAUUUAAGAGACCUAGGGAAAACAUGGAUAUGUACAUUGUAUUGUAUUUUCAUUGAUCCGUGACCAUUAAAGAAUGAUUUGGAAUGUAAAGUACACGUAUAAGACUCUCUGCAUCUCAUUUGUCUGGCACUUGUGUAGAAUGGGUCACUACGGCGCGUAGCGCUGGUUACUAACAGAGAGGGGAAAUGUGGGUGUAGCCACCGAUCUGCCAACAGAGCAUGCGAUGCCAUGGAAUGGGUCACUAGGGUGCGUAGAGCUGGCUGCUGGCAGAGAGAGGACAUCUGAAGACGCAGCAGCCUGGUCGAUUAAAAGGGCACGCGAUAGGCCGGGGUAAGGGAUGUAGUGCAAAGGUGACAGAGAGGACACGUGGGGUAUAGCCCAGAACCCUCUGGUAGGUUCCAGAAGGGGGCGUGGCCGAGGGCGGAGCCAGGCCACGCUGGGGGGCAUAAAAGGGAGGUCCCGAGGCUGGAUCGGGGCUGUCAUUUGGAAUGGAACCCGUCGUGCCGCGUCUUCAUCUUCGUCUCCUCGGCGUCGUGGGUCAGGCAGCGUGCCGGCUGUCCUGACCCAUCUGUAGUUAUCCCGUGCGUGAACAGAAGUGUUUAAGUGUAGAAUUAACGUAUGUGCCUCCUACUAUUCGUGUCUCCGAAGUGACUCGCUACACGUGGGCUCCGGGGUGUGCGCAGCGGUAACACUCGCGCCUCACAGCAAGGUGCCCCUGGGUUCGAUACCCGACUCCCGCUCCUCUCCGUGCGGAGCUUGUACGAUCUCCCCCUCUUCUGUAUGGGUUCACUCUGGGAUCUCUCAGGUUUAUUUCCAUGGCUAAUACAAAAAAAUCCCAAACCAUGUUAAUUGUAUUGACCAAACAUCCCAAUGCUGAAACAUUACCUGCAAUUUGCUCAAUUGGGAUUACAAGCCACCUACUGCAAAAUAAUUUGCUGGGUGAACAAAAAUAAACAAGUAAUAUUUU